UUGCUAGGUAACCAGAUCUCCCAUCACCAGCCCGACACAUCGUCCUGAGCUGCCGAUCCUCAGCCUCCAGCCACUUUCUGCUGAGUCUCUCACAUACCCGCCCUCUGUGGGACCCUGGAAGCAGGAGGAGGGGACAGGCAAGAGCCCAGUCACCCCUGAGCCGCCUGGGGCUCUGCCACCCCUGUUUCACUGUGAAGAGUCAGCUACUUGGGCCCUAGGUCACUGUCACCAUGAGUCUGGGCAUCAUGGAAGAGGAAGACCUGGCCGAGUACUUCCGGCUGCAGUAUGGGGAGCGGCUGCUGCAACUGCUGCAGAAGUUCCCCCAUGCUGAGGAGCAGUCGGAGUCCCCAUCCAUCCGGCUGCUGGAGAAGAAAAAGGAAGCCAAGAUCAUGCAUCAUGCUAUGGAGCAGAAGAAGGAGACAUUUCAGCGUAAAAUGGAAACCCUGAACCUGCGCUGGGAGGAACUGGGCAUCAAGGAAGCCCAGCUGAAGGCCCACAUCCAGAAGUUUGAGCAAUUCAUCCAGGAGAAUGACCAGAAACGGAUCCGCGCCCUGAAGAAAGCCAACAAGGAGCGAGAACUCAAGAGGCAGCGCAUGCGGGAGCUGGCCAAGGCCAAGCAGGACAUGGCGACCCUGCGACUGGAGCACCAGCGGCUGAGCGCCAAGCUGCAGGAUUACUCCAUCUUCAACAAGUACCUGGAGAAGGUGGUGGAGAACUCCGAGUUCGAGGAGAUCCACGAGGUGAUUGCACGCUACAAGACGCUGGUGAGCAUGCACCACGACCUCAUGCAGUCUGCACAAGAGGGCCAGGAGAAGAUCGAGCAUGCCAAGGCGCGGCUGGCACACUACAUGGAAGAGAAGGAUGAUGAGAUCCUGCAGCACAACAACGAGCUGGCGCGGCUGCAGAUGCGCUUCGACCGUGCCCGCAGUGAUGUCAUCAUCUGGGAAUCUCGCUGGGCACACAUCCAGAACACCGCCGCCAAGAAGACCCUCCUGCUUGGCACCAUUAAGAUGGCAACACUGAACCUCUUCCAGAUCGUGAGCAAGCAGCUAAAAGAGGUGACCAACGUGUCACUGGAGGACACGCACAAACAGCUGGACAUGAUCCAGCAGUUUAUUCAAGACCUGUCGGACAUCUGGGCAGAGGUGAAGAAGAAGGAACAACAGCAAAUCCGAGUUUAAGGAAGCCACAUGUUUCCAGAGUGUUCUGGGACAGAGAUUGGGAGAGAGUAAGUUCCUGGUGAACUUGCAGUCCAGUCAGCCCAGCCCAGCCUGCAGAAGACCCCGGCG